UGCUAACGGGGAAAGGCGACGCAGCGAGGAGGAGGAGGAGAAGGAAGAAGAGGAAGGCGGCUGUGAGCCGGGCAGGGACUCUGCGGAGGAGCCUGGCGGAGGAGGAGAUGCAGGCGGGCUCGGAGGAAAGAGAUCGGAUGCAGCAUCUGGAAAGAAAUUAGCAGUGCAGUGCCAUUUCGACGUCAACUAUGUCUGGCACAGCAGAUGAAACAUCGGAAGAUCUUCCCGUGAGAGAUGUAGGUCUAAACCUCGCAGGACAUUCAGAUCCAUCAACCGCCCAGAAUGUAAAGGCUCGGCAAACUGUGUCACGAAUUCACCGGGAGGACCUUGAAGAUCGAUACUUCCGCUUACACGAGGAGAACAUCUUGCUGAAGCAACAUGCCCGUAAGCAAGAGGAUAAAAUCAAAAGAAUGGCCACGAAGUUAAUACGGCUCGUUAAUGACAAGAAGAAAGCGGAGCAGAUCAGUGGCGGCCCCAGGCGGGUGGGUCAGGACGUGGAGAUGGAGGAGGUGAUCGAACAGCUUCAGGAGAAGGUCCGGGACUUAGAAAAGCAGAACGAAAUGAUACGCAACAGGCUGAUUUCUACCAAGCAGCAACUUCAGCUUCAAGGCCAUAGACACGCGCCCUACAAUUAUGUCCAGGCUCGGGUUAACACAGGACUCAAGAAGGCGACUGAAGGUGUGAGGGCCCAUGAGGCCACCCCGAAAGGGAUGAGAUUGCAGAACGUAGAAGAAUUGCCUCCCAAGUAUGGACACAGUUUACUUGAAGAAGCAAGAGCAGAGAUAAAAAACUUGGAGAAUGAGCUGGAAUCACUCCGGGGACAGAAUCAAGAGUUGGUCCUUGCGAUCGAAAUGCUGAGAAGUGAAAAAAAGAAAAAAGAAGAGGAGUUCGAAGCCGCUCUCCUCCAACUGAAAGAGCAGCAAGCCACAGGCCAACGGCUAUGCAUUCGAGACAACGUAGAGAUGAUCAAGCUCCACAAACAGCUUAUAGAGAAAACCAGCGAGUUUGCAGCAUUGGAAGAAAAGUUGCUUCAGCUUCAGGAGAACCAGAAGAAUCUCAAGACAAGCCACGAUGCCCUAAUAGCCAAGGGGGAAGAACUGAAUUUGCAACUUAAAGAAGAACGUUCAAAGUGCCUUCACCUAGAGAGAGAAUUGCAGGCCACCACAUUUUCGAGACGAAGAUUAGAAGAGCUGCAAGACAGAAUUAAUGAUCUGGAAAAAGAGAGGGACCUUUUAAAGGAAAACUAUGAUAAAUUAUAUAACAGUGCCUUCGGAGUGACCCACGACCAGCAGUGGAAGCUGAAGGAGCAGCAGCUGAAGCUGCAGAUCGGUCAGCUUGAGGCGGCUUUAAAGGCAGAUUUAGCCGAAAAAAGCAAUAUCCUGGACAGAAUCAAAAUGGAACGAGACCAAACUGAAAAGCUGGCCCAGGAGAAUCAGGAGCUACGAAUGCGCUGUCUUGAGCAGAAGCAACAGCUGGAAGAGCUGAAGGCCCGCGUGAAUUUUUUCACCAAGGAGAAUGAUGCUGAUGUGGCCGAACUCAAUGAGGAUCUCACACUUCUGAAGGUUCAUAGACAGCAAGCAAGUGGGUUUUUGGAGAAAGUACAAGAUGACAGCCAUAAGGAUUUAGAGCGAUCCCUGCGUGAUCUUCAGGCGGUUCAUGCAGAAACUGUUCAAGAACUUGAAAAGACACGCAAUAUGUUAAUUGUGCAGCAUAAAAUUAACAAAGACUAUCAGGCGGAAGUGGAAUGCGUGACACGAAAAAUGGAGGCCGCGCAGGAGGAUUAUGAGUUCAAACUGGAACAGUACGUCCACCUCCUUGACGUUAGAGCUGCCCGUAUCCGAAAAUUAGAAGCCCAGCUGAAGGAUAUCGCUUACGGUACCAAACAGUACAAGUUUCGACCAGAGGUGACGGCUGACGAGCCUGUGGAUGACUUUGACGAAACUGCUCAUUUGGAAAGAGGAGAGAACCUCUUUGAGAUCCACAUCAGCCGGGUGGUAUUUACCCCAGAAGCGGCUGCAUCUUUUGGUGACCAAGAGCCCGUCACGUUUUGUACUUACGCCUUCUACGAUUUCGAACUACAGACCACUCCGGUGGUUCAAGGGCUCAGCCCGGCCUACAAUUUCACAUCGCAGUAUCUGGUGCGGGUGGACGAUGGCUUUUUGCAGCAUUUGCAGAAGGGCGCCACCACCCUGGAAAUCCACCUCGCUCACGGCGUAGACUUUGAAACGGCGGGGGCUUGCCAGCUGAGAUUCCACGAAAUUCUAGAAAAAAACGGUAGAAUCUGCGGUUCCGCCAUCUUGGUUGGCGUUGGAAGAGAAGUUCAGAAUUAUGGCACGGUGGAAUAUUGGGUCAGGUUAAGAGUUCCCAUGGACCAAGCGAUCAGACUGUACAAGGAACGUGCCAAAGCCCUUGGCUACAUCACAGCAAAUUUAAAAGAUCAACCUGCACUCAAUCCUCUCCAAGGCAGCCCUUCAAUAGAUGGAAACUUAAAUGAGCUCCAUAUUACUGUAAAAAGUUGUAACGAUUUGCCGGGCCGAAAGACCAACCUCCAGCCAAGUCCUUACGUGGUUUAUAAGUUCUUUGACUUUGCUGAUCACGAUACGGCCAUCGUUCCCAGCAGCAACCAACCUCAGUUUGACGACCACAUGGGCUUCCCGGUGCCAAUGAAUGCUGAUCUCGACCGUUAUCUGAAAUCUGAAUUUUUGAAUGUCUACGUCUUUGAUGACGGGGAAACAGAAGAGGGGGUUUACCUAGGAAAAGCAAAUGUUCCUUUAAUUUCAUUGGCCCAUGGUAAAUCCAUUUCAGGGACCUUUGAAUUAACAGAUUCUGAAGCUCGUCCCGCUGGGACAGUCAACAUUGAACUGAAAUGGAAGCUGUCUUACCUUCAGCCAGCCAGCUCCAUUGUAGCAACAAACCUCACAGAUUACAUCCAGAAUGAGAAACCAGUGAAGGGGCAAGGAGAAGGUCCACUGCUGCCUCCAUCUUUCUCAUCAGUGAUGAGGCCACAGCCUAAGCCAAGACAGCGCUUGGCUGCCGUGGACAAGAAAGUCUGUUUUGUAGAUAUGGACCCGUUGCCAAAUUCAAGUCCCAUUCCUGAAAAAGAAGAUAAAAAGACCUUGGAGAAAGCGAAAGACGAAAAGCCUGUACUUUUAAAUCGUCCAGAGGCUCUACGAGAAACAGAUGCUGACGGCGGACCAAGCAAACCACCUGCAACCGAGAUGCCCCAAGAACAGGAGGACCUCUCUCAGCUGUCGGAAGGCCAGCUGGCCGACCAGAGUUCAGUUACGUCAGAAGACCAGACCGAAACCGAGGAAGUGGAAACAGAAGAUCAAGAGGACCAACAGGCCACCGCUGAAUCAGUUACCGACAGUGAUGACUGUGUGAUUCCAAGUUCCGCGUCCUCAAGUCUUAUUGAGACUGCGGAAAGAAUCCGAAUCGAAAUAGUGUCGCUCAGCCUCACGGACCGCCAGAUUUUGAUGGAUGAGAUGAUCCAGCGGCUUUUCAUAGAGUCCAAGUUCUCCAGUUUCAAAACAACUGAAACUCCCGUGGCGCUUCCAAAACCCAGAAGCGGGCAGCGGGUGUAUUAUAACUACAGCCAUGUAAUAUACGUGGAUCAAGCCAAGUAUAAAGCAAGGUGGGAUUAUCUCAAGGCUGUACUUUGUGGAUCUGAGCCCAGACAUGGAAGAUUAAAUUUCCCAGGUUCUCACAGAGAUUUCCAUCUUCUGGACAUUGGGGAAAAGUGAUUUAAAAAGAGCAACCAUUGAACCUUGUCCAAACUGCAGGUGUGAAAUAUUGUUUUAGCUCGCCAGAUGUGCUGUAGAAUUUACUAUAUGAAUGCAGUGCGUUUAUUGAAUUUGGAAAUUGCCCAUUUCCCUCACAGAGCGACUGUAACUUCCCUCAUUCUGCAACUGAAAUAUAGGCUGAAUUUGUGCAUUCGGUCCCAAAAAUAAUGAAGGCUGAAGGCAGUUUCUAAAUAAAAGAAACAACCAUGGGUUGUUCAGCUGGUUUGUAAAUCAGCUCUUCUGUCAAUAACCAGAAGAAAUGGACAUAGUAAGUAAAUAAAUUAAGGAGUUAGUCACAAUUCUGAAUUCACUCCUAAUAAUAAGCUCUCGACAAAACCAUUCAGGAUUCUUCAGCCAACUAUGGUUUGUUUUCAGUAGUUUAAGCAAUUAUUUUAUCCUGGUUAAACUAAAGACAAACAAUGUCGUGGCUUAAUAUCCUGCAAGAACCAGCUCACAAGGUGGUGAAUAAUAAACCACAAUGCUAAUACACUUACAUUAACACUUAUAGAUCUGGGUUAAGGGGGGCUUUUGCCCCAACUUAACGUAAAAAGAUUCUUGCUGUUGCCAAUAACAUGAUAUUUUGGGACAGCUGGGAAGCUAAAUUAAAUAUUUUCGAAGCAACAUCUGCUCUAUCCAGAAUGGUGUUAAUUUGCAUCGAUGUUGUCUUUGUUUGGUUUGGUUCGAGAAAGGAACAUGCACAACAUGCUUAACAAUCUGCAAAGCUAAUUUUCCUGUGGUCUGGCUAAACUUUUCCAAGUGUCGUGGGUUCACUGAGGCGCCAAGGAAAGUCAUCCUUGACACUCGCCUUUGUACUUUGUGUCGUUCCACACUGCCAAGUAAACAGACAAGGCCGACAUGUUGUUUAAUGUUUAUUCGUCGAACGAAAAUUAUGAAUUUGAACCAGCAAGAUGAAAAAAAUUAAAAUGUGGCAGGAACGAUAGGCGCGUUAGUGCACUUACGCACGGCCCCAUUUUGGAAUUUGUUUCUUGGUCUGUUCUUUUUUUUUUUGAAGAGGGGUAGCAUUAUUUUAAAUUGGUUCUCCCCAAAAAGAGUUUCCUUCCAUUCUUCAUCUAAACAUAAGCAAGCACGCGUUCCAAAAUAAUAUUUCAUCCCAGGACUUUUUGUACAUGAAUUAAUAGUUUUAUUGGCAGAACGUCAAAUGCCAGAGCCCACCACAAGCAAUAUUUACGGCUAAAGGACAUUCUCCUAUAUUAUAUAUUGGAAACUUCUGAAAUAACGCAUUUUAUCCUUGGUUGUUUUUUUUUUUAAUGCUUAUGGAUGGGACAGAUUAAAAAGUUUCCUUUUUCUGUUUGAAGGAGAAGCCAGAAUGUGGCAAGAGCCCUUUUCCCAGGCCCCAUCUACCAUUUCACAAAGUAUCUUAGAUAGGAAUGCUAACUUAUAAAAUAAAGAAUAAUACGUUGUUUCUGGUCUUGCAUGAUACCCAGUUCCCCCCUCCCUUGAUGAUCCUUUCCCUCCUUCCUCCCUACAAUUUCUUUUGUUUCUUUGUUUAUUUCCAAGGGCGUAGUUCUGGGUCUUAAUUAAACAGAGCUAGAUAUUGUAAGCUAACCAGAGUCA